AUGGCCCGAACAAAGAAAGUCGCCGCCGCGGACAAGCGCAAGGUUGCGGACGAGUCGUCGACGAACGAUGCGAAGAAACCCAAGACAACCGACAGUGAAGCGACAACACAAGAGACAUCAACUGGGGAUGCGGCCAACAACAGGGUCUUGACUUCUCUGCUCCAGGGGAUGUCCAUCGACACGUUCGACGCCGAGUACUUCGAGAAGAAGCCGCUUCAUCUGAAGAAGAUCAAAUCGUGCGCGGGUUUGUUCACCCGUCGUCUGCUCUUGGACGUGAUCGCGAAGGAAUCUCUCCGUCACAGCGACGACCUCACUGUCACCGUGUACAAGGACGGCAGUCGGCAGAACUUUGAGCCGCCCGAGGACGAUCCAUUGGACGGUGUCGCAUCGUCCGAGCAAGUGGGCAACUUGCUGUCGACCGGGUACAGUGUUCAAUUCUACCAGCCCCAGCGAUACCAGAAGAAGAUCUGCGACAUCAACGCCGCGUUGGAAGCUCAUUACGGGUGUCUUGCCGGCGCGAGUGCUUAUCUCACACCUCCGCAUGCCCAAGCCUUGGCCCCGCACCACGACGACGUGGACGUGUUCAUCUUGCAAACUCAGGGCUCCAAGCACUGGAAACUGUACGCGCCGCUCGUACAACUUGCUGGCGAACACAGCAACGACCUGGACCCGUCCAUCUUAAGUGACCCUACCAUGGAGAUAACCCUCGAAGAAGGCGACAUGCUGUACUUUCCCAGAGGCGUCGUCCACCAAGCGUCCACGUCCGACACGUUCUCGACGCACGUGACCAUCUCCAUCUACCACCACAAUUCGUGGGCUAACUUUAUGGAAGUGGCGCUGCCGCAGGUGCUUCGCCGGGCAUUUGAACACGACGUUGCGUUUCGAAAAGGACUCCCACCAAACUAUUUGGGCUUUAUGGGGUCCCAAUUCCAAACGUCCCAGUCUCCGUCCGCCGCUGCAUUUACAACCCAUUUCAAAGACUUGGCGGCCAAGAUGCUUGACCAUAUCACCGACACCGACUUGCAUUUGGCCGCUGACGUGGCCGCUCUGGAUUUCAUCAAACACCGGCUACCGCCCACGCCCCAUAUGAUCCGCAAAUGCCACCUCAAGGACAACCAGAGCCUCCGUCUGCGAUACAAGGCGCACUGUCGCAUUGUAUUGCAGGACGACUCUGUGACACUGUUCCACUCGGUGACCAACUGCCGCCAGCAUCACAUGGGUCAGUGUACAUGUGACGAAGAUGAUGACGAAGAUGAGGAAGAGGAUGACGAACUGCCGCCCGCCGCCGCGGCCAUUUCGUUUCCGCUCGGAUGUGCGCCGGUGCUGCUGCAUUUAUACGCGGCGGGCGACACGACCAUCGCCGACAUGAUCGCCGCCAACGUCGCGGACGAAGACUCGGUCCGUGCCGUGAUCUUUCGACUCAUUGCCGAAGACAUGGUCGAACGCUCCAAGUAGUACCAAGCACCAUGAUUGCUCUAUUCUCCUAAAACCAUCCAAAGUUUAACCUAAACUGAAGUUGCACUCGAGGUAAAAGUAAGCUUCCCCACCGUUCUGUCAUUGGCUG